UCGUUUUUUGCGCGCCUAAUGCAUGUAACUUAUCGUUAUCGAUACCAAAAUACAGCCGUGUUUACAUACAUCUGUUAACCAACACAGCGCUGCAACAACAACACCACCGUGUGUGAGAUUGAAGACAAUGGCUGCGGACGGUGUUGUUCCUACCCUUGCAAUUCGCUCUAGCGUGGGAGUUGAGCUGUGGUCGUCAGCGGGCCCAAAGCAGCCAUACGAGCACAAGCCCGAUUUGCCACGAGAGGAGACUAAGAAUUGUCGUUCGAUUUCCUUUAGUCCCGACGGACAUUACUUCGCUUAUUCGAAUGGAGUCGAGGUAAAAGUCCUGCGCACGGGCAGUGCCGGAGCAUUAUGGCCGCUGCAGUGCACCCUGCCACGUCCCAAAGCGUUCUACCUCAAGUUCUCACCUCGUGGUAAUUAUCUGUGCACGUGGGAACACUAUGCCAUCACAAAAGACCGGCCUGAAGGUGCACCAAAUCUACUUGUUUACGAAGUGGCUACGGGCAAUGAAAUAUUUGCAAUUGUGCAAAAAAACCAAACGGACUGGGAGCCUUCCUGGUCAUCGGACGAAUCGAUCUUUGCAUUGGUAGUAGGUGGCGAGGCAUUGUUCUACGACCUGGACGGUGGUGCUGCUGCUGGCUUUGCAUCCACAUCACGCAAAAUCGGUGGCAGCCGUGGUGGCAUGUUGUCGCUUGGUCCUGGUAACUGUCCGCCCUACCUGGCAUUCUACACGCCCGGCGCUAAAGGCGCACCAUCCAUGUGCAAACUGUACAAAUAUCCAGCGCUCAGCCAAAAUCAGACAGUAGCCUGCAAAAGCUUCUUUCAAGCUGAUCGUGUGGAGAUGCUUUGGAACAAGCGUGGCAGUGGUCUGUUGCUGUUGACUAGCACCGAAGUGGACAAGAGCGGUGCCUCCUACUAUGGUAACCAGGCAGUUCAUUUUAUGGCUACCAAUGGCGAUACGUGUUCUGUACCAUUGUCAAAGGAGGGGCCUGUGCAUUGUGUCAAAUGGAGCCCACGCGCCAACGAAUUCCUUGUCGUUUACGGCUAUAUGCCAUCAAAGGCAGCCUUGUACAAUCUAAAGUGCGAUGUAGUCUUUGAUUUCGGUGAAGGUCCACGCAAUUGCGCCUACUUUAAUCCUUUCGGAAACAUUGUUGUUCUGGCAGGCUUUGGCAAUUUGCCCGGCGCCGUCGAGGUCUGGGAUGUCCAAAAGCGUGAAAAGUUGACAAAUCUUAAGUGCGCAGACACCACCCUCUUUGAGUGGCAUCCGAACGGCGAGUGGUUUGUUACGGCCACCACGGCACCACGCUUGCGCAUCAGUAAUGGGUUCAAGGUAUACCAUUACUCCGGCGCGCUACUGCACGAGACCAUGUGGCCCCAGGGACAGGAAUUGCUCGGCGUAGAAUGGCAGCAGUGUCCGGAUAAUACUUUUGCCGAGCCAAAGGUCAGCAAGGCAAAGCAGGAGGGCAUCAAGUCCAGCCAGCCAGUGGCCAGCAAGAAGGCCUACACACCACCCCAUCUACGGCUGCUCAAGGAAGGCAAGAACCCAGAGAAGUACUUGCCGCAACCCCAGGCAACGGUACCAGGACUUCCAGCAGCAGGUGCGGGCAACAACAAGAAGAAGAGCAACAAAGCAAAGGGCAACCCCGUGCAAAAUAGACGCGAACCUGCCAUCAAUGGAGGGGACGCUGAUGCCUUAUCCGCGGUCGAUGGCGCUGCAGCUCCACCAGUCGAUGAAUCACCACGCAAGCAAACGCCUAAGCAACGGGCGCCGUCUAAACAACAACACCAGCAGCAAAAACAGAAUGCCGAGCAUGCUGCUACGCCGCCCGCUGAUCAAAUUGGGACACCAAGGCACAUCAAUGGCAACGGUCAUGGAAAUAGUAGUAGCAACGUCGAAAAGGACCGUAAAAUACGUAGCGUGGCCAAAAAGCUCUCGGACAUCAAAAAGCUAAAAGCGCGUCAGAAUCAGGGAGAGACACUUGAAUUGAAUCAACUUCAUAAGAUCGAAAUGGAAGGCAGAUAUCUAGAAGAACUGCGUGCACUUAAGCUGUCCGCCUAGACGGACAAAAAACUAGGCAGGUCGCUGGAGUAUAUCAAGCGUCAUACCGUUUGUGAUAUAGGCACACACACAAAUAGAUACUGCAACAAUAUAAUGCCUCACCCCACACACACUUCAUAGAAAAACAUUGUGCUGCUUUACGCAAAUGUGCGCCGUCGUUCUUGUUUUAUGAAUGCGUCGCGAGCGGCGGCGGCGCGAUUUUUAUAGUUAAAAACAUUUUUCUACUAUUGUGAUUAUUAUUUUUGGAAACAACAAUAACAACAAAUUUAUGUACCAAAUUGUGCUACCGAGUAAAUAAAUUUCAAAAACAGAAAAAUAA